CAUUGAUAGGUGGCACUGACUGGCACUGAUGGGUGACACUGAAAGGCAGCUCAGAUGGGCACUGAUAUGUGGCAUUGAUGUGCACUGGUAUGCACUGAUAUGUGGCAUUGAUGUGGCACUGAUGGGCACUGGCACGUGGCACUGAUGAGCACUGACUGCUGGCACUGAUGGACACUGACAGGUGGCACUUCUGGGGCCACACUGAUCAUCAGGGCACACUGAUCAUCAGUGCCCUGAUGAUCACUGUCAGCGUGACAGCUCGAGAGGAGAGAAAUGCCGAUAACCGGCAUUUCCGUGUUUACAUGUGAUCAGCUGUGAUUGG